UCUAUAGCUGAGUUCAGACAACAGCUUGUUCCACAAUUGCAACUGUGAUCAGAAAUGUGGGAAAUGGUAGCUUAAAGAGGUACUAAGGAAGGGCUUUUCUGCAAACCACCACCACUGUAUGACCUCUUUAAUCCUGGUAUUUGGAUUAGCAGCAACCAGCCUGGAUAUAUCAGUACUGUCUCCUUGUAACAAAAAUGAAGUAAUACACAAUCAAAAAGCAUCUAUAUAAGUUUCCUGAAAUUGACAGGCCAGGCGAACUUUUAUCUCUGCGGUAGGGAGACUAGUAAACUUUUUUUCUAACAAAACAAGAACUUCAAUUUUCAGGAGCAAUCAAAUUCUUGUGUACAAGAAAGCUGGAUUCUUUAUUCACAAUACAUUCAUGACAAUGCCAGCUUCCAGGCCUAUAAAUCUAUAGUCACAUUGAUUUUCAUUACCUACAUACUCGGAAUUGUGCUGUUAGAGUCCAAAGUAUGGUACAGUGACCAUAGGGGAAAAUAUAUAUCUGCCAUGCAUAUCUUGUGUCUCAGAGAAUGAUGUGGUUCUAUCUAGCUAAUUUCAUAUUUUGAUGCAUGCAUGUCUUGUGUUUGCAGAUCAUAAUGUUGCUCUGUUCAUAACUGAUUCCAUAAUCCUUUCUGAAUGCUUCUCUGUUUCUAAACUUCCCCCCCACUCUCAGCUUUUUGUUUCCAGUUUGGAUUUAAUCCAGUAUGAAUGAUGCUGCUAUGCUAAUAAACCCAAAUGUUUCUGUCUAGUCUUUACUACUUCUGCCAUCAAUCAUACUGUACUUCCUCUCCUUCUUAACUUAAUUAUUUUCAAAUAUGUAAAUAUCUGUAAUUUACAUAUUUGUAAUUUCAAAUAUGUAAAUUGAUAAAGCAACCAAAAUUGCAACUUCCCAAACUAGUUUCAAUUGUUCCAAUUAAAUAAACAUAUUUAAAUAUAUUAAAGUACUGUAUAAUUGAAUUGCAUACUCUGACUGUCCAGUACUUUGUGUCAGUCUUUUUGCUCCACUGAUUUUUGUCAAUGUAUACACAGCUCUUUAUUUAGAGAUUACUGUUGUCGAUAUGUGAGAAAAUAGGAUGAAGGGAGAUGAAUAUCCCAAGCUAGGUCUGACCCACUGACUAUCCCAAGCUAAGUGAGCUGGUCUUGUGGUAGCAAGCAUGAUUCUCCCCUUAGCUAAGCAGGGUCCACCCUGGUUGCAUAUGAAUGGGAGACUUGAUGUGUGAGCACUGUAAGAUAUUCCUCUCAGGGUAUGGAGCCACUCUGGGAAGAGCAGAAGGUUCUAAGUUCCCUCCCUGGCUUCUCCAAGAUAGGGCUGAGAGAGAUUCCUGCCUGCAACCUUGAAGAAGCCACUGUCAGUCUGUGAAGACACUACUGAGCUAGAUAGACCAAUGGUCUGACUCAGAAUAUGGCAACUUCCUAUGUUCCUAUGACCCACUGUCACAAUUCUUACAGAAAGAGAGACUUUUUCUCAUUUGAUUCACUACAACGCUUUCAAAUAAAUAUCCGACAUGCCUCAUCGGACCAUUCACCUUUUCCGGAAGGGACUCCGGCUACAUGACAAUCCCACUCUGCUGGCUGCUCUGAAGUCUUCUGAAGUUGUAUAUCCAGUCUACAUCCUAGAUAGAAAAUUUUUGACAUCUGCAAUUAAAAUGGGAACUUUGCGCUGGCAUUUCCUCCUGCAGUGUCUGGAAGAUCUCCAGGCAAAUUUAAAGAAACUGAAUUCUUGCUUAUGGAUUAUUCAAGGAGAAUAUGAGGUGGUGCUGCGGGAGCAUGUUCAAAAGUGGAAUAUUACCCAAGUGACUUUGGAUGAUGAGAUCGAACCAUUUUACAAGGAGAUGGAGAGGACUAUCCAAGUUAUGGGGAAAGAAAUGGGAUUUGAAGUAUUUUCCUUGGUGGGGCACACUCUGUAUGAUGUCAGACGAAUUGUGGAACUAAACAAGGGAAUACCUCCAUUGACAUACAAGAGGUUUCUUCAGAUUUUGACUGCACUUGGAGAUCCUGAGAUGCCUGUACAGGACCUUACAGCUGAGGAUUCCCAAAAAUUCAGUCCUCUCCCUGAAUUGGGUCUAGAUGAGUGUUACAGAGUGCCUCUCCCUGAAAACCUGGGAAUUUCCAAAGAAUAUCAGUCACCUUGGAGAGGUGGGGAAACUGCAGGGCUGCAGCGACUUGAAGAGCAUCUAAAAAAGCAGGGCUGGGUAGCAAAGUUUACAAAGCCAAGAACUAUCCCAAAUUCUCUGCUUCCAAGUACUACGGGCUUGAGUCCUUAUUUUAGUAUGGGCUGUUUAUCAGUUCGGACCUUUUUUUAUAGGUUGUCAAAAAUUUAUGCUCAGUCAAAGAAUCAUUCUCUGCCUCCAGUAUCUCUUCAAGGACAGCUGCUGUGGAGAGAAUUCUUUUACACAGUAGCAUCUGCAACACCCAACUUCACAAAAAUGGUUGGGAAUCCCAUCUGCCUUCAAAUAGAAUGGUACCAAGAUGCAGAGAAGUUCCACAAAUGGAAAACAGCUCAGACAGGAUUUCCCUGGAUUGAUGCCAUUAUGACUCAGCUCCAUCAGGAAGGCUGGAUACAUCAUCUUGCUCGCCACGCAGUUGCCUGCUUCCUGACACGAGGAGACCUCUGGAUCAGUUGGGAAGAAGGCAUGCAGGUAUUUGAAGAGAUGCUUCUGGAUGCAGAUUAUAGUAUCAAUGCAGGGAACUGGAUGUGGCUAUCAGCCAGUGCUUUCUUCCACCAGUACACACGCAUUUUUUGUCCGGUUCGUUUUGGCAAACGCACAGAUCCAGAAGGUCAAUACAUCCGAAAAUACCUUCCAGUACUGAAGAAUUUUCCUUCCAAAUACAUCUAUGAACCAUGGACAGCACCAGAAGAGGCACAGAUAGAGGCUGGCUGCAUUAUGGGUAAAGAUUAUCCGUUUCCUAUGGUAAACCACAAAGAAGUCAGUGAUCAUAAUCUACAACUGAUGAAGCAAGUCAGAGAAGAACAGUAUAAAACAACUCAGCUCACAAGAGAUGAUGUUGAUGAUCCAAUGGAAAUGAGGCUGAAGCGUGAACAUUCUGAAGAGAAUACUAAAAAAAAGAAAACUUGCCAGAAAUAAUGAAGUAUAAACUGACAGCCCUAUCCUAUUGAUGUUUAUUUGUAAGUCCUACUUUAUCGGACUUCCUUUUAAGGUAGUAAGCCUGAUUCAUCCAGGAAGAUUCAACGUUUAUGAUGCAGACAAUCAAACCUUCUAGAGACUUCUAGAAAUCAAAAAGUUGCAAUGGACUGAAAUUCAUUUGUACUAUCUAUAUAAUGCAAGUAAUGCUGUACAUUUUCUGUUAUCAGUUUCCUUUGCAAACCACAUUUUUUUCUAGAAUGUCUGAUUUGAAACCCUUCAUAAAAUAACUUGCUAUGCAGAUGGCUCAUACCACUAUAGUAAAUAUUGACUAUUAGGAAAUAUUAUGGUUACUGUGCAUGGACACCCUGGUUUUAUGGAACUGCUUUGACUGGUGUUCAGUCAAAAGUAAUAUUAUUUUAUUAUUACUUGUUAUUCAAGCAAAGGUGUGGGAUAAUUUUAAUAAAAUGCUUUCACACUA